AUGGCAUCAACGCCCUUUCGUAGAUUGCUUCAUUGGGGACCAUUGUCGGUGUUUGGUAUAAUAAAACUAAUAACAUGGGCGAUGGUCCACCUGCUGGGCAUGUGGUGGCCUCCACACUCAUCACUGGCAGCUGCCCUGCAUGCCACACUGUUUCUGACACUGGCUGGCUCCACUUUAUACUUCUUCCUUCAGUCAUUACUUGAAGGGCCAGGGUUUGUUCCACUGGGUUGGAAACCAGAGAAUGAAGAGGACACAUAUAAUCUACAGUUCUGCACAGUUUGUAAUGGAUUCAAAGCACCGAGGUCACAUCACUGUAGGAAAUGUGGGUACUGUGUGAAGAAGAUGGACCACCACUGUCCAUGGAUCAACUGCUGCGUCGGCCACAACAACCAUGGAUACUUCACCUUGUUCCUCAUAUCCGCUGUGCUCGGCUGCUUCCAUGCUUCUGUUGUGCUAACAAUCUGCAUGUACCACGCAAUAAACCGCGUGUGGUACAUGCACAACGGCACAGGUCGCGAGCCCAUGAUAUACCUCACGCUGACGACACUACUGCUGACCCUGCUCGCUAUAGGCAUGGCUGUGGGCGUCGUCUUAGCUGUAGGAGUACUUUUGUAUUUACAAUUGCGUGGUAUAUUCCGUAAUCAGACGACGAUAGAAGACUGGAUAGUUGAGAAGGCGCAGGGUCGAAGGGAGGAGCAAGGUCUGCCAGAGUUUGUAUUUCCUUACAACUUGGGGUGGAAGAACAAUGUCCAGUUCAUACUGCAGGGGUCCAAGCGUGAUGGCAUCAAGUGGCCACUCAGGGAAGGCUGCGGGGAGUAUGAUCUUACGCGAGAGCAACAAGCCCAGAAGCAGGACAAGUUGGUCCGGUCGCGGCUGUACCGGGCGCUGUGUCCGUACUCGGGGCGCUGGGUGCCGCUGGUGUCCCGCCCGCGCGCCGCGCUGGCCGCGCCCUGCACCGACGAGCCGCGCCUCGCGCUGCGCCCGGGGGACGUCGUCAGAGCCACGCGGCAGAGGAAGCACUGGUUAUUCGGCGAGAAGUUAGUGGGGGAGGGUGAGAGCGCGCGCGGUCCACGCGGCUGGUUCCCGCGCGACGCGGUCACGCCCUGCGACUACCUCCACAAACCCAAGCCCGACUAG